AUGGGAUUUCGAACGGGCUUUGUGAUUGGAAGUGUGUUGUUUGUAUACGGCAUUCUAUAUAUUACAUCGACGUAUGACUAUCCGCUGCUAUUCCAGAACGGAUUCACGGCUGAGGAUGUGGAAAAGUCGGCGAGCUUUUACCUAUCCGUGUACCAUGCGCCCCUGAGCGUCAAGGUGCUCAUCCACAGCGUAUUUGCCAUUGGGAUGAUUGGCAUCGUUGCCAAGAUUAUCCGAUGGGGCGAAGAAGACAAGUACUUUGGCUCGAUCAGCCUGCUGCUCUACUUUAGCAGUCUGCUCAUGUACGUUUCGAUCGAAAUCCCCAACAUGCGGGUGCUUGCGCGGCCGACGGAGCGCAAUAUUGUGAACCGCGCUGUGUACGAUGCGGAUGACAAGCGCAAGCUUGAGAACUACGAGUUCUACCCGCUAACGUCGCGAGAGCGCGUGUCGGUGGUGCAAGUGAUAGGGGCUACGAAUGUGAUUAUCACAGCCCUCCUGGCCGGUGUGCUUUUGAUGCAAGUGGGCGAAUGGUAUGCGACGCGGCUGGACCGCAUUUCCGAGAACAAGCAUCGACAGGAGAUGAUCGCCAAGCACCUUGGAGCGGAGCGAACCGCGAAUGACAAAAAGGAGGAAUAG